UUAGCAACAAAUUUUGAAAUGUCAAAAGUUGUACUAUCAGUUGUGCAAAGAAAAGAAAGUGAAAAAGUUGGUUAAAAGAGUAGAGGAAUAAAAAUGAAGGAUUGUUUUUAUUGGGGUGUAACAGUUGAGAAUCUUCUCUUUAAAGGAUUCUCAUCCAAGACAGUUGGUGGACUCAUAGGCCAGUGCUUUUUUGUAGGUUCGCUAGCGUUUCUCUUUGAGUAUUUGAGAUACCUUCAAACCAAACAAAAACAAAAAGAAUUGAUAUUGAGAGUAAAACAGCUAAAAUUAGUAUGUACCACUGAAAGUGCGGCAUUAAUAGCUCAAACAGUGACGAACCCAGAGAAUCCUCUAAAUAUAACUUUAUUUGACAGAGCCUUGUUAUUUGGAACAGAAAUCUCUCUAUGGUUGUUAUUACAAAAUUUGGGAUACUUCAUAAUGCUGGCUGUGAUGGUUUAUAAUGCUUGGUUUCUUGUAUCUGCUGUUAUCGGCGGAGCAUUGGGAUAUUUUAUUUUUGGACAAAUGUUUAUGAAAAUAAAUCUCCAGAAUUGUCAAUUAAUGAGAAGUACUUAUUGCAGUCAGAUAUGUGGAGAUCUGCCAGCCCAGCACUUUAGACAUGAGAAUAAAUAAAUCCUAGUUUAACCCUCCCCUAUUCCCGUCCUUUAGUGAUAUUUUUAGAUUUUAUUAGCAAAUCGAAAACUUUUCUAGAUGCAAUUAUACCAAAAGAAGGAGAAUCUACACCGGCGGCAACUACACCAUCAACUUCAAACGACUGUUUAGAAUAUUCACACAAAAUCCAUACUGAUGACGAUGGAAUAACAGUACACGCACCAUGCCAUUGACAUAUAAUUUCAUGAAAGUCGUUAUUUUUGUUAUUUUAUAUACAUAGAGAUAAAAAAAUAUUGCUUACCUUAAA